UGGGUGGAAAGCCGGAAAACCGAGCAAGAUGUGGACGCAGAGAAAUGCAGUCGGCAAUUGGCUGUUGGUCCUAACAGCCUUUAUCGGAUUUCUAACUUUCAUAUGGAUUCCGCAGACCUCAGCCGAAUGUCAAACGCGAUCGAUUUACUGCUAUGAGUGCGACUCCUGGACAGAUGCCCGCUGCAAGGAUCCCUUCAACUAUACUGCCCUGCCAAGGGAUCAGCCCCCCUUGAUGACCUGCAACGGUUGCUGCGUGAAAAUGGUGCGGCAUCAGAGAUCACCGUACGAGGUGGUGCGACGCAUGUGUACGUCACAGUUACAGAUCAAUUUAUUCAUGGUCGAUCACGUGUGCAUGAUGGAAAGUUCAGGCAAUGGACAUAUGUGCUUUUGUGAGGAAGAUAUGUGCAAUUCUAGUAAAAAUUUACAUACUAACGGUUGCCAGCUGCAUCUCAUACCCAUCGCAGUGGCAGUGUCGUGGCUAAUUGCUCAAUUGCUCAGCAGAUAGAAAGUGUUAGGCUCACCCACAGAAAUCCACAGAAAUCCACACACUCAGAACAUACAGAACAUAUAGAACAUACAACAAACACACCCAGAGAAAAUCCUACACGAACUCACUAUCUCUCUUCCUCUCUAUCUAAGCGUAUGAUUUGUAGCUUGAUUUGAUUUCGUUACGGUAUUUGAUAACAGUUACGAUUGAUUUGUUUUGGAGCACAGUUUGCGAAGAACGCAGAACGGACUUCGAGUAGUUUUGAUCAGCACCCAGCGAAAGCUCGAUAACCCGAUCCAAGGAAUGUGAAUGCAUACCAAAGCUUCCAAAGACAGAAGGCUUCUCUAUUUCUCUAUCACAUCACACACAGUAAACACACACUAAAGCGAGCUUUGGAUGCACAGAGUUCUUCAGAUGCGAGUUUAAUCGAAUCGAAUCGAAUCGCAUCGAAUCGAAUCAAAACCGAUUCCGAAUCGAAUCACAGUACUCGAACUCGGUAUUUGAAUUGCAUGUUGUUGAUGCUAAAGCUGAAGCAUGUAGCGCUUAAGUAGGAAUCGUAGUGAUUAUUUUGAUUUCGUUGUUACUUACAUUUGUAAAUGCCCCGACCAGAGGGACAAGCCGAAAAACCAAAGCCAGUAAUCGAUUCACACUUUAAUACGUUUAUAGACUUACUUUUAAACAUUUGUCCAACUCAUAUGUAAACUUGGAAUAACUCGACACCCAGACACACUGUAUAUAUAGCCAGCCCCGAAAGAAAUCAAAAUCAUCCCGAAAGUAUUUGCAGUGACCAAGUGGAACAUUUGCUCAUCUUGUUUAUUCCAAAGUCGGAAGAGAACUCCAUAAUGCAUAAAACGUUACUUUGUUGUUAAUACUCUAUAUCCUAGAUCUUAGCCAUUAAGCUAUAUUCUCGGUUCUCGCUUGGACCCAAAAGAAAAAAAAACAAAUCCCACGCAUCAUAUCACGUAACGAAGCAACAAUGAGACCGAACUUUGGUGACCUAUCGACCUUAGUGUAGUUAGCCUCAUAGAACCUGCCACCAAGCACCAAACUGUAUAAAGUACCGAUCACCCUGGUCCCUUUGGUUUAUGUUCAACAAGUGAUAAUUAGAUUGUAAGUAGAAGACCCCCAUCCCCCCUUCCGAUCCCCAGCCCGAACCCAAGAUCUGUUAACAACCCGAACCCCUCAUUAUGAAAUUGAAAUUGAAUCAAUUCUCAUUCAUGCUAGUGAUAGUUUUAAAACGAAUCGAAUCGAAUCGGAACUUAUAGCUUACAUAGCUUAUGAUUUACAUUUUUGGAAUUUGAAUUAAUAUUAUGAAUUAAUAGUUAUUAUUAUCAUCUCGUCUAGAGUAUUCGACUUGAAGUUUUGUAUUCUAAGCGUAAACCUUUUCAUUUGUAUAAUUGAAGAUUGGCUAAUAAACAACCAUUUUUACCAUACGUAUAUCUCUAGCAAAAUUUACUCUCAACUUUUGCCGUUAACUUUUAGCUUAAAUUUGCUUUAUCUACUUGCUACUCACUUAACCAACUUUUCAACAUUCGUGCACUUUUGCCCACGCAUUUGUACAAUAUUUACCCCUAGACUUGGCUUUAGAUAACAAAAUGCUUAACGAAAAUAACUAAAAAAAAUAAUAGAAUAUCCAUAUCCGUCCAACCGGGAAGCAUGUGAACUAAUUUCGUUGCUUGGGCAUACCAGGUAAGUCACAAGCCAAAAAUAAUGAACUAAAUCCUAAAAUUCAAGUACAGUUGCGCACCGUUUUCUUAGUUCGAUCUUGCCUCGCUCGUAGAUGGAUGGGAUUUCGGAUUUUAGCCGGCCUAUCUUGGUGGUACACACACACACUCGCUCCAGCACCCUCCCUCCUUCCUGCCCCCGUCCACAAAAACCCCCUACACUUAGCGAAAAUCCCCAAUGCAAUGUUUACACCAUUCGUUUUUUAGUUCGAUUUGUAUGGUUUCUUGCUUUCCUGGUAUGUUGGUUUGUUCAAUAACAGAUAAACUUAUAUAUUUUAACCACAAAUAUCUAACCGAUUUUGGUUUGUGAAUGUUGACAAUAUUCUUAUAACCAGUAUUUGAUUGAUUGAUUGACGGUUAAUGCGUUUCAAAGUUUAAACAAAAAACAUAAAUCGAAAACAGGCGAUGAAUCUAAAAAGAAAAACACACACGGAUUUUGUAGUGCAAAAAUAACAUAUUUUAAUUUAGUACUUUUUGUAGUUCCAACAUCUAUCUCAGCGCCAACAUACUCUCUAUUUCUCUUUCUCUGUAUCUCCUCUAUAUCUCUCUGUAUAUCUUUCUAUCUGUUUAACUAUCUCUCACUCUCCUAACAACUCUGUUUGAUCUUAAGACUCUUUUUACUAACUUUCUUCCAAAACAGAUACCACAUAGAACUCUUCCACUAGAGCCACACCUGUAGCAUAUAUUGAAAAAAGAAACAAACUAAACAAAAACAAUUAAAAUACACACAAAAACACAAAAUAAACACUCACUGAAUGUUAGCGAAAUAUAUACAGAAAAUACGAUACAGUUACAGAAUUAGCGAUGCACUUAGAGAAAACACUCAACCAGCUCAUGAAUAUACCGAAAGCCAAUCGUAAAUUUUUACUACUCGUAGGCGCGUUUUUUCAAAACCGAAAACAAGAAUAUUAAAAACCGUUUCGAUGGCCCGACAAUGGUGGGCCCUAGCUUCCACAUCCAUAGAUUCCUCACAAUACAAAAAGCACUAAAUUAAUAUCAAAGAUCUUACCAAUAUAGCGAAAUGCUAGCUAAAAUGAUUAUUGGUAUUGGUUGAUGAAUAUUGCAAAGAAACGAGAAAAACCGAAGAGACACAAAAAGCCCACAAAACCAACUCUCUAGAAGAAUCAGCAGUCGCUUUUAAGUUUUAAGUUGAGUUAUUGGUUAGUUUUUGUUUCGAUUAUUCAUCUUGAAAAUAGCAGAAAAUUCAGAUUUUAAAUUGAGUUUACACCUCAACUCACCACGCUCACAUCUUGUAUUUCCCACCACUCGCUCACUCUCUCACCUCAACUCACCUUUUCACCACGCGCAAAUGGCGUCCACAUAUGUUCCACCAGUGGCGUGCAGAGGAAAGUGAAAGGGGGAUUUUUUUCAUUUUAUUUUUUUUAA